AUGACGCGUGUAAAAAAAGGAGAAAGGCAGUCAUAUUCUGUCGAGGAAAAGGCUGCUGUUGUUCGUUUUGCUCUAGCUUCCAAUAAUACCAGAGCUGCUGCUCAUUUCGGCAUUGCAAAAAGUAUGGUUAGCAAAUGGGUAAAAGCUCUAAAAAAUCAGCAUGACGACCUCAAAAACCGCAAGUCUCGUCGGGUUGGCGCUGGUAGAAAGGAGUUUUUUCCCGAAGAAGAAAAACAACUUUUUGCUUGGUUUCUUCAAAUGCGUGAGGCUGCCUUGGCUGUUACAUAUUACGGUCUCAAAAUUGAAAUGUUAAAACUUGUUGCUGAAACUGCUGCCCCACAAACGACCCCACAAAAAAAAUCAUCGCGAACAAUUUCAAAGCUUCCUCGAAAUGGCUCAAAUGUUUUUUACAUCAUUAUGAGCUUACUCUUCGCUGUAAAACAAAGAUAUCACAAAAAUUAG